AUGGGGUUUAUGAGUAUUAUUGAAACAUUCAAAGAACUAAACAGCCAACCUUUCAUGCAUGCCUUUGCUUUCCUUCCUGCAAUACUGCCAUGCCUUUGCUGCUUGCUUUUGGUGGGCUGUGCUGUGCUUGUUAUGGUGAAGAAGAGAUUGGGAAUGGAAAUGUUGGAGAUUGAUGAAUUUCUGGAUACAACGAAAGAUGUCGUUUUGCAGAGCUGCUUCACGGCGUCCCCCACCCUCUACAUUCCAAAUCAGAAGGAUUUUAGAUCUCUUGCAAAGUUGAAACAUCAUACCGUUAUCUCACUUUUCGCACAAGUGGAAUCUGAAGGAUUGGCACCAAAUCUGUUUACUCUUGUUGUCUUGAUUAAUUGUUACUGCCAUGUGGGUCAAAUGACUUUGGUGUUCUCUGCCUUAGGAAGGAUUCUUAAGAUGGGCCGUCGACCUAAUACAAUUACUUUGACUAUAUUGAUGAAGGGCCUUUGCAUCAAUAAUGACAUUGGGAGGGCCUUAGAUUUCUAUGAUGAUGUAAUAGCGAAAGGAAUAUCUCCUGAUGUUGUGACAUACAACUAUUUGAUACAUGUUUUGUGUUUCACAGUCGAUGCAUUUUGUAAGGAAGGAAGUAUCACCAAUGCUGAAGCUGUUGUUGGCAUGAUGAUGAAGCACAGUAUAAAACCCGAUUUAGUUACUUGCAGCACUUUAAUGGGUGGACACUGUUUGAUCAAUAAUGUCGACGAGUCAAGGAAGUUGUUCAAUAAGAUGGCCAAUAGUAGUUUGGCUUUUGAUGUCAUUAGUUACAGUAUUUUAACUAACGGACUUUGUAAAAUCAAGAUGGUGGAUGAUGCCUUGGGUCUCUUUAAAGAAAUGAAGUGCAAAAAUUUGUUUCCCAAUAUUGUCACCUAUGUUUCUCUUGUUGAUGGUUUGUGCAAAUCAGGAAAAUGUCACAUGUGCAGGAUAUUAUUUAUGAGAUGCACGCUAGAGGUCAUGCCCUGA